AAACUGGUAAUGACGACUGCAGCAGCGCCGACACACCCGCUCAGUCCGCAGUAACGCGACCGACUGGCUGGCAAGUCGUACACGUUUUCUCAACGCUCCGUAAAUAAUAUCGUUAUCUUUCAUUCUAAUCCUCUAAAUAUUUAUUUACUCAUUAAAAAGAAUACUCAUUAAUUGCUUUUACUCAAAAUUUUAUAACUCAAAUACUUUUGAGUAAAGGAAUUUAAAAAAAUCAUUAAAUUUUUGAAAAUGUCAAAAUGCCGGGAAAUGUCAGAGUGAUUUUAAUGCUCGACUAAUUUUUCAUAUAUUUUUUUUUUUAAGUUUUUGAAUUUUUGAGUUCAGUGAAGUGACAAAAUUUUUUUUGAAAAUUGAAAAAAAAAAUAAUUUUUAAAAAUGUGACAAACCACGUGGAUAAAUGUGAAGUGGAGUUACUAGUGUUAGUGCCAAUGGAUAUACAGUGUAAUUGAAAAAAAAAAAAAUUCCCGCCAAAAACUUUUUUUUACAUCAAAAAUAACAAGCAAAAAAAAUUAGAAAAAUUUUUGUUUUUUUAUUUUUUUUUUUUUUGGGCCUUGAUAAAGUAGUAGGAAAAGACCCAAGCGUCGUGGAGGGGGGAGUGAUGCCUGUGAGGGUGGCGCAGCGCCCCCCGAGUCUUCUGCAUUCCGGGCCCGUAGUCCCGAGCGCAGGAGCUGUAGGAGUGGGAGUAGGCCUGGGUAGUUUAGGAGUUGGAGUGGGGGGAUUGGGACCGGGCCGUUGUCACGGUGGUAUAUCACCGCCAUUGGCUUCAUCGGUACUAAGUCAUCUAACAAAUAAUAAUAAUAGUAUAAUUAAUAAUAAUAAUAACAGUAAUAAUAAUAACAAUAAUCUAAAUACGGUCCCAAAUCCAUUGCAAGCAAUGGCGUCGGCAGCGGCAUCACUGACCCAAUUAAAUAAUAUGGCCAAUGGGCCCUUGCCAUUGGGAGGAACAACGGGAGCAAGUUUGCCGGCACCACAACCACCAACGACCCCGACACAUGGUGGUAACCACGGGCCCCCGACGCCGGUGCAUGGCGGCGGUGGGCCAGUUGGAUCGGGGCCUCAUUUGAAUGGCGCGUCUCCUAGUCCGCAUCCGAUGCCUCCGCACGGGAUGAUGCAGGGCUCGCCGCAUCAUAUGGGCCCGGGUGGUCCUGGGGCCGGUGGGCCCUCACCGCACCCCCACCAUCCUGGACACAUGGUUGGGUCCCCGCAUCAUCACAUGGGUACGGGUGGGCCUGGCAUGCCCGGAGGACCUGGUGGUGGACCUGGUGGCGGUCCCGGGGGUGGCAUGAUGGCGCCUGGCAUGCAGCAGGGCCCUAUGUGCCCGCCUGGAGCACCGGGCCCAAUGGGCCCACACUCACAUCCUCAGGCUGGUGUUGUUCCUGGACAACAUUUACACAACGAUCCGUUUUAUUGUUCACCUUUUGGUUCACCUUACUACAGAUCGUUACCUGUCCCCAGGAGGCACACUCCAUACUUUCAACAGCCGGAUAUCAGACUUUAUGAGCUCAACAAGAGGUUACAAUCACGGAAUGAGGAGAGUGAUAAUCUCUGGUGGGAUUCAUUUGCAACGGAAUUUUUCGAAGACGAUGCGACAUUGACUCUCGCCUUUUGCCUUGAGGAUGGACCUAAAAGAUACAUGAUAGGAAGGACGUUAAUACCAAGGUACUUCCGCUCGAUAUUUGAGGGCGGUGUCACAGAGCUUUAUUAUCAUAUGAAACAACCGAAAGAAUCGUUUCAUAAUACAAGUAUUACAUUAGAUUGUGAGCACUGUGUUAUGGUAACGCAUCAUGGGAAACCACCUUUCAUGAAGGAUUUCCAGGUGUGUACCGAAGGUAGGCUAAUAUUAGAAUUCACAUUUGACGAUUUAAUGAGGAUAAAAUCGUGGCAUAUGACUGUGAGGACACACCGGGAAUUGGUGCCGCGAUCUGUCGUCAGUAUGCACACCGCGCAACAGGAUCCAUCAAUGCUCGAACAAUUGAGCAAAAAUAUUACGAGACAAGGCAUUACUAAUUCAACAUUAAAUUAUCUUAGGUUAUGUGUAAUAUUGGAACCAAUGCAGGAAUUAAUGUCGAGGCAUAAAGCCUACGCAUUAACACCCCGGGAUUGUUUGAAGACGACAUUGUUCCAGAAGUGGCAGAGGAUGGUUGCCCCGCCGGGUAAGAGAGAGUCACAGCGACCGGCGAACAAAAGAAGAAAGAGAAAAAAUAGUUCGACUGGACCUGGAAGUAAUGCGCCGCCAGCACCAAGUAAAAAACGUUCACCAGGACCAAAUUUUACAUUAGCAUCUCAAGACGUUAUGGUAGUGGGUGAACCUUCACUAAUGGGCGGUGAGUUCGGCGAAGAAGACGAACGGCUGAUAACGAGGCUAGAAAACGCACAAUAUGACGCGUCAAAUAGUUUGGAUCAGCAUGGGCACGACAAUAGUGGGGGUGGUCCACCUCCGCACCCACAUCAGUUCCAUUCGGAACCUACUCCUGGUAAUUCUUGGCCGCCUGAUCGUGGUCCAGGGCCGCCACAAGGUGGUCCAGGUAAUCAAGUUCAAGGUAACCAAGGUGGCGCAGGUGUGCAAGGACCUCCCGACUCAAACCAACAGCAGGAUAAAAAGAGCCCCGCAGUGAGUCAGUGAGGCCAGGAGUCCCCGCGUCCUCCCACACGAGGGCGUCGGGGGCGCAGGCCCAAAAACGUGACUCCCUAGCGGGGCGUUAAUUUUAUAAAUUAUUCAGCCACACCCACAGCAACUCAUUUGUCUCGUUAUUUGUCGCAAGUUAAAUCAUUGCCACCACUUCCACCGUCAUCACCGUCACCACUAGCGACAUCUUCAUCGAUAUUACCACCAGCAUUGACGUCAUUAAUACCAACAAAUUUAAUGUCUAGUACUAAAGUAUCAUUAUCUUCACAGCAUUCACUUUAUUUAUGUCCUAGUACAUUUACGACUGUUAAUAAUAAUAAUAUUAAUAACAAUAAUAAUAAUAUUAAUAAUAAUAUUUAUAAUGAUAAUGAUAAUUAUAAUAUUAAUAACAUGAGUAAUGAAUUGAGACAGUCGACUGCUGGUACCGGGAAAUCUGCAUUACCGACUGGGGGUGAUGUUAAUAUUAAUGGGAUACAAGAAUUGAAUAAUUUAAAUGGUAGUAAUAGUGUUAAUAUUAAUGAUAAAAAUAAUAAUAAUCAAAUAUUUAAUAAUAAUGUUAAUGAUAAUGUUAAUAAUAAUAAUAAUGAUGGUAAUAUUAAUAGUUAUAAUAAUAAUAAUAAUAAUGAUAAUAAUAAUAAUAAUAAUAAUAAUAAUAAUAAUGGCGGUGGUGAGGAUGGUAAUAGAGAUCCGAUACAGAGCAUGAUACAGCAGCUGUGGUACUUGAGGGGGUUCGAGUAUUUGCUGAAUCAGAAACAGCAACAGUUUGGAAAUAUGUGAAUUUUCUUUUUGAAUUUUUGGAAAAGUUUGCAAAGAAAAAUUUUUGGACAGUUUUAAGUUUUUGGGUUUGAGAGUAAAGGAAGUGGGAAAUCGGGAUUUUUUUGGAAAAUUUAGUGGAAUAUCUGGAAAAUUUGGCUUAGACUUGAUGGCAAAUUUUAUGAUUUGAUUGAUGAUUUUUUAACAUUGAUGGAAAAUUUAAUGAAAAACCGGGAAAUUUCUUUAGGAUUAGUGGAAAAUUCAUGAAUUUUUACGAUUAUGAAAAUUAUUGGAAAAAUUGUAGAAAUUUUUUUAGAACUCAUGGAAAAUUGGGAAAUUGAUAAUUUCUGAAAUCGAUGAAAACUUUAUUGGAAAACUGGGAAAAUAAGUGGAAAUUUCUUUAGAACUCAUAGAAAAAUUUAAAAAUUAAUGACUUUUUAAAAUUGAUGGAAGAUUUAUUGGAAAACUGGGAAAUUUUUUGUUUUAAUGGAAAAUCUGGAAAAUUCAUGAAUUUUUUAGAUUGAUGGAAAAUUAUUGGAAAAAUUGUAGAAAUUCUUUUAGAACUCAUGGAAAAUUGGGAAAUUGAUAAUUUCUAAAAUCAAUGAAAACUGUAUUGGAAAACUGGGAAAAUAAGUGGAAAUUUCUUUAGAACUCAUAGAAAAUUUUAAAAAUUAAUGACUUUUUUAGAUUGAUGGAAAAUUGUAGAAAUUAUUUAAGUACUCAUGGAAAAUUGGAAAUUUCAUGAUUUUUUAAAAUUGAUGGAAAAUUGAUUGGAAACCUGGAAAAUGGUGUAAAUUUUUUGUAUGAAUGGAAAAUCUGGAAAAUUCAUGAAUUUAUUAGACUUUAUGGAACAAUUGUGGAAAUUUUUUAUUUUGAUUCACGGAAAAUCUGGAAAAUUCAUGAUUUUUUUAGAAUUGAUAAAUAAUGAAUUGGAAAAUCUGAACAAACUUUGGAAUUUGUAUUUAAAUUUGUGAAAAAUCUGGAAAAUUUAUGAAUUAUUUAGAUUUAUGGGAAAUUGUAGAAAUUUUUUGAGAACUCGUGAGAAAUUGAGAAAUUCAUAAUUUUUUGAAAUUAAUGGAAAUUUGUUGGAAAAUCUGUCAAAGAUGAAAAUUUUUUUAGAAUUCAUGGAAAAUUUGGAAAAUUUAUAAAUUUUUUUAAUUUUCUGGAAAAUUUAAAAAAAACCCGGAAAAAUAAUGAAAAUUUGUUUAUGCAUAAAAAAUUCAUGAUUUCUUAGAAUUCAUGGAAAUUUUAUUGGAAAACCUGAAAAAAUUCGUUUUAGAAUUGAUGGAAAAUUAUUUUAGGAAAAACUGUAAAUCACUUCUAAUAAAUUUUCUAUAAGAUUUAUAGAGAAUUCAUUCGUAAAUAGGGAAAAUUUGUGGAAAAUUUCUUCAGGAAAUAUGAAAAACUAAUCGAAAAUCAUGAAAAAUUGUAGGAAUUUUUUUAAAGAUGAAUAGAAAACUAAUUAAUUAAUUCUUGUAAUCAAAUUCUUAAGAUUUCUUAAGAAAAUUGUAAAUAAAUUUCACAAAAAAAAUUGGAAAAUUAUUAUAGUUCAAAGAAAAUUUAUUGAAAAUUUCUAGGAAAAUUCUUAAUAAAUUCGAUAGAACGAUUCCGAUUUAUUUUUCGUGCAUUUUAUCAAAAUUUCGAAGAUAUUUUCGGAAAAUCUUUCGGAAUUUCCAGGAAAUUCACUAUUUUUACCAUCAAAGUUUUUCCUACACAAAAAUUUCCUGUAAAAAAAACUCGAACUCUUAAUUUAAAAAAAAAAAAAUCUGCCUCCCGUAUUUCCAAAAAUUCAAAUGAAAUAAAAAACAAAAUUCUAACCCCCAAAAUCUUUGUACAUAAACAGGCCCCAGUCGGUAAUGCAGAAAAUCUAAAUCUUCUUUACCAACUUUCGGUAAAUUUUCCACACAAUUCGACAAAACAAACAAACAAACAAACAAACAAAACAACCGAAACAAAGUGAUAUUAGUGAAUGCAAAAAGUGAAGACUUGUUUAUUAGAAACAAUCGAUUAUUGACCCAACAAACAAUCCGGAAGUUUGUUUCCUUAAAAAAAAAAAAAAAAAAAAAACAAAAUUAAUGAGAAAAAAGUGGAAUGAAUAAACAAAACAAAGUGAUUGUAAUUGUAAAAUUAAUGGACAAUUUAAUAAAUUAAAUUAUAUUAAUGCAAUUAAUAAAUAAUUAAUUAAAUAAUGAAUUAAUAAAAUUAAUAAUUAUGUAUUAAUAAAACUAUUAAUAAAUAACAAUAAUUAUAAUAUUAA